CUUCUUGUUGCAGGUACUAAGUCGGUGAAGUGAUAUAAGAGACAAAAUGUUGUGACAAACACCCGAACAGAAAUAGACUCAAAAAUGUGUCACCCGAAGAAUUCUCUGGACGUGACCAGCAAUAGAACUUUUCUGUUCAUAAUAGUGCUUCUAUCGCUAAAGUUGUGCAGCCCUCAGGACUUGAACGAGGAAUUUGUGAAUGAAGAUAGUAUAGAGACGUUAUCUGAUAUAACUAUAGUGCCAGUGAAAAAGGUGAAGUUUCCUAGGAAUGUAGGGGCAUCGGCCCCUUGUAGGAUGAGCGAGCUGCUGUGUGAUACCGGCCAGUGUAUAUCGCUGGACAAGUAUUGUAAUGGAGAGGAUGACUGCGGAGAUAAGAGCGAUGAACCAAAGGCCUGUACCCCAUGCAACAGGACUUACAUGGGGGAUGUCGGCCGUACAUACGAAUUAGAGGUCCGGAGACCCCGCGAAGACCAUCUCCCCUUCGUCUGCCAUCUAAACUUCACAGCCACGGGGGGCAACUACGGAGACAUUAUACAGCUAACCUUCGACACAUUCACGGUGGGCAAGUUCGUGUCGUUCACCUCAGACGGGUGUCCGGAUGGACACAUGACGAUAGUUGAGCGCAGUCCGUCACCACCUACAGGCCAGUGGUGCGGCUCGGCGUGGGGGUACACCGUCUACUUCUCAGAGUCAGAUUCUAUUAAUAUGACGCUCAGAUUAGACAGGUUGAGUCAACAGGGUGUAGGCUACAAUUUCGACUUCAAGCUAGCUUACAAGUUUCUAAAGCGAAGUGAGGCGAGAUUACGGUACGGGAACGCUACUGUUGGCGCGUGGAGAGGCGAGAGGGUACCUGGGACCUACUGCGACAAAAUACUGAGUGACUGCGACCUCAGAGCGUGUCGCAUUCAGUCCCCCAACUUCCCCGGCGUUUAUCCGCGCAACGCUUCUUGUACAUACCGCAUUGAACACACUAAGAUACCAGCUGACAAACAUGUUUUACUAGCAGUAAGACAGACGAAUAGUCACAAAAUACAUAUCAAAGACCAAAUAGUGAAGUACGAUAGGAGCCAGCGCGUCUUAAAGAUUUGGGACCAAUGCAAUGUCGUGCAAGAUUACCUCACAGUUUGGGACGGCCCGACCCGCGAUUCGCCAGUCCUAGUACGUCUUUGUGGUGGCGAUGCCGUUCCCGAUAUUGUCAGUCGGGGUCCCAAUAUGUUAUUGGAGUUCCAUACAUCGCCGUACGAUAAUCCCUUUCACCCGGUACCGCUGAGCUACCUACCGGGAUUCGAGCUUGAAGUUCAGGUUCUGUAUGUGGAGAAGGAUUCACAUUCAUAUGUGCGUUCGGAUGGACGAUGCCGCUUUGUUUUACGGUCCUCGGACAAAACAAGCGGGGUAUUGAGAAAUCCGAGACAUUCACUCCCGCCGAAUACGUCCUGUGUCUACUAUUUUCAGGGCCGGGCCAACGAGAUUGUAUGGGUGUCGUUUGUGAAGUACCACUCGGCUGGAACGGAGCCUGCUGGCUUUGAUCAACAGAAGGAUUGUUCAUCACAGCUGACUAUCUGGGAUGGAGCUGCCCCUGACGCGGAUUUGGAUCGGAAGUUGGACAUGAGUGACAAAAAGUCUCGUCUGGGGCUGUUUUGUCGCGAGGAGUCGCCACGCCUCUGCGACCACGCUCUGCUGUCCAAUGCCACCAGAGCCACGCGGCCGUGCGCCCCCUCCGAGAGCUACAUUACUACUGGAAAUGCACUCACUAUACUGCAGGAACUUCGACAAGGAUCUGCUCUCUAUCCAGUUUCGUUUCUUCUACGAUACGAAUUUGUGGAUGUGAGUGAGCAGGGUCAACCACUAGUAGACUCACAGUCUGCUUGCGAUAGAGUAUUUAAGUCUGCUCAGACAUAUUCUGGCCGAUUCCAAGCUCCUCGGGCCAUUUUUUACUACGGAAGAGGAGGUGCUCAAAAUCUCACCUGCAUAUUAAGAUUCGAAGCUAAACAGGGAGAAAGAAUACAGUUGACCUUCACGAGCACUUACUUUGGAAAUAAAUAUUGUAAUACACACAAAGAUGGAAGGACUAGUCGUUGGAAAUGUGAUAGGCCUGUGAAAAGAACCAUUGGAGGAGAGGGUCUCGCCCAAAUUAUAAUAACCGAAUAUCCCUGGGAGGGAGUGCCGAUACAAAGAGAUUGCAUUUGCACGAAUAGAUCUGAACCUUUGAACAUACACACAUUAACCGCGCCUGUAGUGGAAAUCAACUUUACCGUAACCAUGAUGAAUAUAACGGAGGAUUACGAUGAUUUCGCAUUUGAAGGCAAUUAUAAAUUUGUUCCUACUGGUCCUGGUGAUGAGACUGUAUGCUCUACUGGAUGGGGUAAAAGAAGGUUAAGAGGAAGUAGUGGAGAAAUUAGACUUUUCGACAAAAGACAAUUGCCUGUAGCACCAGAAAUUGUUGGGGACAGACACGUAAUAUCAGAAAGCGUGAGAGCUGAAGUGGCUUGUGUGCAUAGACCAUGGCUUAUUGAACCUGGAGGCGACGAAGUAACUCCUGUACAAGGGAGAUACCUAUACGUGAAAGUACCUGGAUAUGACUUAACUCCAUCUUCACAAUACUGCAGCACUCCUAACAGACUUUAUAUAUAUGAAGCCCACGAUACUUCCAAGCUCAGAGAAAUCUGUCCAGAUGGAAAUAAUGUCAUAGAACUGUUUUCGCCUGGAUGGAAGUCGUCUCAAACGACUUUAGAGACUUCAUUGAAACCUCACGCUCGGAGCUACGUCAUAGACUUUCUGCAACACGAACAAGCAGACUACUCAAUAAAAUGGAUUGAACUAAUGAAGAAACCUUCUUUUGAACGGGAUCCAGAUUCUAACAUCAUUCCUGCACCAGUCUCAUUGGAAUGUCGGUACAGCUGUCCAGAGUUGAACGCCUGCAUUCCCAUCGCGUUAUGGUGCGAUGGGAGCCCUCACUGUCCCACUGGUUACGACGAAGAUGACUCUAACUGUUCAUUCAGAAUAUCACUUCCUCCACCAUACGUAGCAGCUGCUGCCGGAGUUGGACUACUACUCUGUGCCAUUGCCGUUGCCCUUUGUGCCUGCAAAAGACGCCGAAGAAAAGACAAAGAGUUCAAAGCGAGGCUCGAUGGUGCUCUACCGCCUGAAGAGCGACCGUUUGACCGCGCUAAGACAAACGGUGUUCCGGAGUCAGCUCGUCAAUACGCAACCGUGCAGAAGUAUGCGACGAUAGAUAAGUACAGCUUAAGUCAGAAAUACAGUGCAGGGUUGAACGAUGCUCGUUACUACGACGAGGUAGCACAAAGGGAUAAGCUCGCGGAUACAAGGUACGCUAGUUUAGGUCGCGCUGGUCGAGGCAUGCGAGUUGAGAACUCAAGAGGCAACGGUUCGAGAAGAGCGAUGCCUGAUUUGGGUUAUCCCGACCUAAAAGACGGCUUUUGUUGACCCUCCCCGGACGUCAUAGAAACAACUGUUUAGCGUUGAUAAACGCAACUAUUUCACAGAUUUCCUUUCGUGUAAACAUUAGAUUGAAGACUGAAUUUGGCGUAAGUGCCUCCCUUAACAUUUGAUCAAUAGUUCUAAACUCAAAAUUGUCUGCAGUAAUUGGCUUUUAUUGUUAGGUAAUUUGUUUUAUACCGAGACAAAGACUACGAACUUGACUUUGUAGGAUACUGUGUAAAUAAAUUAUCUUUAAAUACAUUUAAAUAGCAGGCGUCGAUACAUAAUAUUCUUUGCAUCAAAUCUCACUGUCGUUUUAUUCUCAUCAAAUAACAUAUCUAAAUGUACAUAAAACGCUUGACAAUACGAUUUUAAGAUACCAAAUAAAAUCAUUUUAAAAUGUUUGUAGCGAGUGGUUAGUUACCGACUCUGAACAAUAGAAUAAAUUGUCAGAUUUAAGUAUAAAACUGUAUUAUGUUAAUUUCAUUAUUGAGUAACUUCAUGUAUGGGUAUUUCCUGCAUCAAUCCUAUUUUAAUAUGGGGUUUAACUACAAUUGUCAGCCAUAAUAUUUCGAUCGAGUUUUUUCAACUCCGACAAGAACAGUACACCGGAAAA